AAAAUGGCGACUGUGUUUGACAACGUGCUCCUCGCAAGUUGGAGCGAAAAUGGACAGUUCGACUGCACAUCGGAGGUCCCCCAUCGAAUGGAAAUAUCACGGCAAACUGAAAGUUUAGCGUUAUCAUUUUACAAUGGCCAGGUAGAAGCAUCCACAGUGCCCAUCAACAAAGACACCGAGUUUUCUCGGUUGGGGAAGCUGGGAAUUACUGUCACUAAUGAUCAGACAUCACUCCUCAUCCGAUUCUCCAGUAUACACACAAUGAAGGCCUGCCUACAUAAACUAAAUGAAUACAAGAAUGGGACCAAAUCUGCAUUUAACGACAGAACAGAUGAAGCAUCAGCUGUCCAGUACUUCCAGUUCUACGGAUACCUGUCCCAGCAGCAGAACAUGAUGCAGGACUACAUCCGCACCUCCACCUACCAGAGAGCCAUGCUGGCCAACAUCGCAGACUUCCAGGACAAGGUUAUUCUGGAUGUUGGUGCUGGGUCAGGAAUUCUGUCAUUUUUCGCUAUCCAGGGCGGUGCUAAGAAAGUGUAUGCCAUUGAGGCUAGCAGUAUGGCCCAACACUGUGAGACCCUGGUAGCGACCAACAACUUGUCCAAUCGUAUAAUUGUUAUCCCUGGCAAAGUUGAGGAAGUGGAGGUGCCGGAGCAAGUGGACCUGAUCAUCUCUGAGCCCAUGGGAUACAUGCUGUUUAAUGAGAGGAUGCUGGAGAGCUUUCUGCAUGCCAAGAAGUGGUUGAGGCCGGGAGGAAAAAUGUACCCAUCACAAGGAGACCUACAUAUAGCACCAUUCACAGAUGAAUCGCUCUACAUGGAACAAUAUUCAAAAGCGAAUUUCUGGUAUCAAGAGUCAUUCCAUGGUGUGAACCUUACAAGUUUACGAAAUGCUUCAGUAGAAGAAUAUUUUAAACAGCCUAUUGUUGAUACAUUUGACAUCCAUAUAUGCAUGGCCAAGUCCAACAAGUACGUUGUGGACUUCCAGACAGCGGACGAGAAUGACCUUCACGUGAUGGAGAUUCCUGUUACCUUCAGUAUGAUGUCUUCAGGGAUGGUCCAUGGGUUGGCCUUCUGGUUUGAUGUGGCAUUCUUCGGCUCCGAGAACACUGUAUGGCUAUCGACGUCUCCGACUGAGCCCCUGACUCACUGGUACCAGGUGCGUUGUCUGGUGCAAUCCCCUGUCCUUGUCAAGCAGGGCCAAACCCUCACGGGGAAGGUGACACUCACUUGCAACACCAGGCAAAGUUAUGAUGUUGAUAUUGAACUAAACAUACCUGGGACUUCAAGCAAGUCAACCAACACACUAGAUUUAAAGAAUCCAUUCUUCCGCUACACUGGCCAGCCACCGCAGCCACCACCUGGCUGUAACUCAGCAUCUGCCACAGAUGUGUACUGGAAUUCACUCGCUACAGGUGAGUACACCUCGUCCACCUCCAGCCGUAACCCAUCCUCUGCCAGAGAUAUGACCUGGAAAACUCUAUCUGCGGGCCAGACCUCCACGUACAUGAACGGCUUGAUGAAUGGCGUAGUUGACCAGGGUCAGUCCUUGCCCCAGCAGGGCGGAGCCGUACAGACAAACCUUAUAGCAGUAUCGAAUGUCGUUGCCCCUAUCAACCCUGGCAGUAUUCCAAGCGUAGGGAGCCAAGUGUCCAAUUCUAACGCACACCGGACCUCCAUUGGUGGUGGUAUAAGUCCCAUCAACUUCACAAACUCUCAGAACGUGAUCAGUGGCGGGAUGGCACACUACCCCGUCAGUCAGCAGUUCAUGAUUGGCGACUAUGUUAUGCCUGGUAACGUUGUUGUGCCCACGACUACAGCAGUGGCCUCUGUAUAGUCUUCACCAGAAUCCACACAACAGUGUACAGUUGAGAUAUCUAUUUAUACCACAUUCUCAGGUUUUCGCCUUCUGAUGGACCGAUGACGGUGCGUGUUCCGAGUGUGGGGGAGGAGUCACUUGUACCAACUGAAUUAUCUGUGUAGAACGUGAGGAAUCAAAUCGAGGACAGCAGAGUUUAGAGAAGAUUUGACGCUAGAUACAGAUUGUUUGCUACCAAGGCAGUUAUUUGACUUGUAUCAAGUUUCUGGUGCUGUCAGUGUACUUCUUCAGUGGAGUCCAUCAGCAAACUCCAUUCUUGAAUGACAUUUCAAGGUCAUAGGAAAAAGUGUUCUUAUAGCAGUCUUUGUGAAUAAAGGACUGGCAUGAAUACAGGUUCUGAGUCUUUUGCACAUCCACGCACAGAAGAAAUUUACUGUAAUGUUGUGGCUCCUCCAGAGAUGCUUCACUCGUUCCAUGAAGGAGCCAUCAGAGCGAUUGACUGAGGUCCUGGCUGCCCUCUCCAGUGUACAUUCAUACGCUUUUGUAACCCGUCUUCUGCAAAUGAGCACUGUAUAACAGGAAACACAGACAAGACCACCACCAUUCAACCUCAUUUGUGGACUCUGACAAGGAUAACUGACUAGAAUAAACUAGUUAUGCCCAUUGUGAUUCGACUUGUGGUAACGGAAAUGAACUGUGCUUUUUGUUCCUGUUGUAUUUACUUCCUUAUGACCAGUGAAGAUCCGGGUUAGAAUAGGUGUACAGCAACGUAUGCUUGUCGUAAGAGGCGACUUGGUUGAUGUGGAUCAUCGUAUCCCAAUUGUGUGGAUCGAUGAUCAUGAUGUCAAUCACUGGAUUGUCUGGUCCAGACAUGAUUACAUACUGACCGCUGUCAUAUAGCUGGAAUAUUGCUGAGUGCAGCAUUAAACAACAAACAAACAAACAAACUUCAUUUUGAGGAUAUGCUUGCUGUUCAUGCUGCUACUUUCUGUAAGAUCGACUGUGUUGCCAUCCUUCACCCGAUCAUGCUACCCAGUACUCACCAGUUCUCUCCCUCUUUCAAGAUAAAAUUGAGUUACCGGUAUUUGGUUUUCAAAACGUGAAAUAGAUGUUUUGAUCCAGGGAAUUUGACUUGCUUUUGACAGAAAGUAUCUUUUGUGAAACAUUAAUCUUGUAUUCUUGACAGUUUGGAUAACCAAGCAGGGUGUUCAAUACCAAAUUUUCCUACUUGCCUUGAACCUGAUUUUCAAUUUGCCCUGCUAAAGCAGAGAAAAGAAGAAAACUGUAAUUUCAACCACAAAACUGUAUUCUGAAGCAACAGCUUAUGCGGUAUAGAAAAACAACCAGUCAGGUGCUUCAUCUGCAGUUGACAAAAUCUUUUCGAAAGCACAUGAUGUAUCUUCUAAGUUUCAUAGUUAUCACCUUUGAAUUUUGUACUUGCCUGAUGAAAACCAAAUUAUGUUUUCCCACUUGCUUGGCACUUGAUUUGCAUGGGUCAGGCAUGUCAGGCAUUCUAAUUGAACACCCCUGCCAAGGUAACGGACAGAAACAAGUAGAACAGAUAAAUUUAGCUGUGCAAUGCUGUGAUUAGUUGCAAGUUAUUGUUGACAACCAGUUGAUCUCUUUCAGUUGUUGAUGUGGAAUCAUAAUUUUGCAGAUGCAUGGGUGUCCCAGCUGACUAAGACGCUACAAUUUGCUGAGUUUCAUCUCCCUUGGGCACGCCAGAAACCUAUGAUUGUGGGUUCGAAUCCCGGUUCACCCCCACCAUAUUUCUAGGUUUGUCAGCACUGAACCAAUGCUCUUGGGUUUCACCAAAGUCGUAAACAUCUGAGACCUGCAUCACUUGGGGCUUUCCUCCCACAUUAAGCUGACAUGCCGUGAUAUAACUGGAAUACUGUUGAAAACAAUGUUAGACUCAACUCACUCACUCCUCUGCUGCUUUCAUAACAAAGUUAUCCAAGUCCAAACUCAUUUGCUCAUUAGAUUGAUAAACCAACAAUUGUUGUUUGAAGGUAAUGCCAGCCUGAUGGUCAAUGGAUAGUAACCUUUGUGAUUGCCAGCCCUUGUGACUUAUGAAACAAUACUGUAUAUUUCUAACACAGAUCAAAAAGACGUUAAACCCAACUCUCUCUGGGAUCGGGUGGUCUGGCUCGCUGACUUGGUUGAUGCAUGUCAUCGAUCCCAAAUGCGUGGAUCGAUGCUCAUGAUAUCAAUCACUGGAUUGUCUGGUCCAAUCCAAUUAUUUUCAGACCGCCGUCAUAGAGCUGGAAUAUUGCUGAGUGCGGCGUAAAACAACAAACAAAACCAAAACCAACUCACUCUUACUGUAAACUGUUGGACUUGUCACUUGAUCAACUGGUUGUCAAUGCAUUGUUUAAUCCAUUCUUUCCUUAUGAAUGAGGCAGUUUAGAUAUUUUCAUGCUUCAUUUAUGAAGUUCUGUACUACCUGUGUGCACUUCUCCUGCAUUUGUAUAUACCUUUCAUGACAUUGUAAAUAGUGGCACAAGAAAUCACAGUUUCCCUUUCCGCAUGUUUUGAACUGAAUAUUUGAUUCAACAAAUAAAAGAUAAGGAUAUUGACAUACUUACUUUUCGAAGAAACAAAUGAAAAUAUGACAUUGACUUGCUUGGGGGAUUUUUAAAAUGGCAUGUGAUGAGUAUUUCUUCGUGGCCUGUGUGUCAUGCACAGGUGUAUCCUAUUGUACUUAAUGUUUAUUUACAUAGACCAAACAAAAUAAUGUGUGUUUCCAUUUUCCAGACCAACCCUAAUAUGACGCGCCUGACCCUAAGCAAUCUUUCCUUGUUUUCAAGAGUUGCAUCAUAGCUUUUAUCACCAUCCUGGUAUUGUUUAUAUUUUAUGCAACUGGAGUAAAUUUGUUGUGCUUCACUUUGUGCCCGUCACACUGACGACCCGGGCUUUAUUCCCCCCCACAUGGCGUACAAUGUGUGAAGCCCAUUUCUGGUGUCCCCUGCCCUGAUAUUGCUGGAAUUUUGUGAAAAGCAGCGUAAAACAAUCCUCACUUACUCAUUUGCUUUAGAAUAACCAGUCAAUUUAUCAAUAUAUUCAUCUGAAAUAGGCAUAUUUUUUCAAAAAAGGAAAAUCAAAAGUUCCUACCUACCUAAUUUGGGAUUGGCUGAAUUAGGAAACACACGUUUUGUUUGGCCCAUCAAGCAUGACAAGGGGAGGCACAGUGGUCCAGUCAUGCAGAGUGGUGUCCCUUAUGUGCCAGGAUUUGCUCUUUCUGGUUUUAUUCCCCCAACUAGGAACCUUUAUUGGUCAUCAUCAUACUCCUCACUUGGACCAUGGUCACUCGAGGCUCUCAUGACAUGAUAUGACUGAAAUAUGUACUUAUCAAAAUGAUGUGGAACUUACUGAAGCGUUAAAAUUUAGAUAAGGAGUUACCGGCUUAUUGUCUAUGUACAUGGUGUCUAGAAUUUUGCCUGGUUUUAGAAAUAUGGUUGUGUGACAACUUACAAUAUUGCUUUAAAAAAAUGUUAGAAUGUUUUUGUUAUUACCUGUCAACAUGAUCAACUUCAGUGCAGGUUUUGAAAAGAGAUUUUCUUAGUUUGGUGAUUAUAAAUCUUGGAAUAAAAUGUAGACUAAAACCUGUAAAAAGAACCUAGACGUACUUGUAUAUUUAUGAUUUUAAAGGUGUAACCAUUUGAACAUAUGUACAUAUGCCAUAGAUGCUCAGCAAAAGCACAGUUGCUGAACAUGCUGAAGGCUUUGUUAUUUGGCUUGAUUUGAGUGUUUUCAGUGAAAAUAAUCAUUUUGGUCAUGUGUUUAUAGUCAUAAAGAGUUCAUUUCACCAGAGGAUUACAAUAUCUGUUGAAAUGUUUAUGUUAAAUCCUUUGCAUUUUACGCAAAGAUAGCCAGACGUGUGAGAUCACAACUCGCAGUUUUAACUGUAUUGGGAGAGGUAGAUCAUUGGCUCUCUGUAGAAUGAAAAGGUUAAUUUGGGGUUAAUUCUGGCAUUUCAUUUGGCAUUAUUUUUAUUUGUUUUAGCCUUCUUUCCCAGAGUAAUUUGGAUGUGCAUUCCUACAGUGGAAUAGCUCAUCCUGUUCAGGUGUAAUAAAUGAUGAAUCCGGCAAAUUAGUGAUAUUGGUUGUCUGUUAAGAAGUCAUGACUGCACUGAAGAUGACUUUGUUUGUAUGUAGUGCUGUAUGAGAGGUCAGUGUUUUGCCUACCGCGAGAUAUCUUAUGAAGUUAGUGCACCUGUGACUAUCUGAUCAGACAAUCUGAUACCAGUAAGUAUAAGGUCAUUAGCAUUGAGAGACACAGGGAGCCAUUUCUAUGAAAACAUGGAGUGUUUGAUAUUCAAAGUCAAAACUGCAGUUGUCUGACAUCAUAAAGGUAAUAUAUUACAUUGAUCUUGAAGAAUUGACAAUAUUUAGUUUUAAAGAAAUAUCUUGGUCUCAGGUUAAAGUACUUUAAGUUGUGUAAUGGAAGGUUGUCAGUCGGCAGUAUAAAUUUGAUUUAAGUCAGACUGUCAGACUUUUUGCUGUCAUGAGUUUUUGAUAUUGAUUCCAUGCAGACUACUUUGAAAACACGACCUGGCUUAUAAGGCAUGCAUAUUUCUCUUAGAAAGGUCUGUGUUUGCUGUACUUUUCCAGGUGUUCCAAAGUAUGUCAGAGACUAAACCAACAGUCCACAUCACAAAAGCACACAUCACAAAAAGCACAAUAACCUGACACUCUAAUAUUAAUAGGCCAACCAUGCUUAUGAAUUUUUGUUGCAUGUUUAUUUAAAGCAUACAGACGAGGUUUGUGAAGUUGUUAGGGUGCCCAGUGUCACAUGUUUGCAGAAGGCAAUAGUGGGAUCAUUUGUUUGUUUGGGUACCAUUGGUGAACUGAUUUUGUGAGAUUGGUUUAUCUGUACCUGGAAAUUCUUAUGGGCUGAAAGAGCUGUUGCAAAUAACAUUCACUCUCUCCUCUGAGUGCCUCCGUGGUAUAGUGGAGAGAGUCUACCCGGAAGGUCGGUGGUUUGAUUGCCGGUGGUGUCAUACCAAAAUUAAGGGGAUAAAACAAGGACAGUUUGGCAAAACAAGGACAGUUUGGCGUAAGUGUCCGAGUCAGUUAUCAGGGUUAAACUAUGGGAUGGUAUCUCAGUGGGCUAGCACAAUACAACCAGCAUUAGUCUAGAAUAGGAAUACUCCCCGAUUAUGUUUCUAGGUUUGUCAGCACCAUACCCGUGCUCGUUGGUUUCACCGAAGUGGCAAAUCUGCAUCAUUAAGCUGACAUGCCGUGAUAUAACUGGAAUACUGUUAAAAGGGGCGUUAAAUACAACUCGCUCACUAGAAUAGGAAAAUAAUAAACACAUACAGUGUACAUGCAUGUCGCUAUGUAAGUGCUAUAAUCUUGAACGUGACGUUAAACCCUUUCUCACCUAACUUCACUGCAUAGAAAACAUUUUUCAUAUGCUCACCAAAUAUGUUUUAAAAAUAUUUAUCCCAGCAGCUUCUCCUGCAGACAUUUAGGAGUCUUAUGAUUGUUUCUUGUGCAUCCAAUAUUGAUCAUAUUAUGAUAGAGGGUUACAUAAAAAAAGGCAGAAUUAAUGUGAAAGACUCAUCAUGGCUUCCUUUGAUUCCUUUUUAGUCCAGUUGCAUCCUCCACUCAUGACUGUUUCAUACUGAAACAGAUUCAUUUCAACUAACUUUGGAUAAGCAAUAGGUGUUUGUUGUGAUGUAUAUUACAGUGACUAGUACUACAAUAUAUCAAAUAGUGUAUUUGGCAUAUCAUGUGUACAGAGGCUGAUAAAGUCAGUGGUAAUAAUAAUGUUUUAAUUCAAGGUGUUAGGAACCACAGGCUUCUAGAUCAUGAUAGUUGGUUAUUUCACGAUAACUGUGUCAGAUUUAAGAUCCAUGUUUGAAUAAAUAUUCUUGACUA